AUGAGUAGGGUUUUGGUCUUGGUUUGGUUAAUUGGUUUGGGUUUGGUGGAUUCCUACAAGAAUAUUAGAACAGCUGAUAUUCUACAGUGGCACCAUUCACCUAAGGUAAACGCAGCAAUCCAGAGCCUUGAGAGGAGCGUAAAUUACAGCAGAGUCGGACUCGGCUAUGACAUUCAUCGCGUUGUAAGCCCUGAGGAGGGAGGGAAAAAACUGAUUUUGGGAGGUGUUGAUGUUCCUGGAGACUCCAUUAGGGUUUUGGCUCACAGCGAUGGCGAUGUGGUUUUGCACUCAAUUUCAGACGCUGUGCUUGGAGCUUUGGGGAAGGGCGACAUCGGUGACUACUUUCCUGAUACAAAUCCUCAGUUUGAGGACCUUGACUCCGUUAAAAUACUCAGAAAAGCACUUAAAAUCGCAGAGGAAAUGGGCUACUUUCUGGUGAAUGUAGAUGUUUGUAUAUUAUUAGAGUACCCUAAACUCGGGCCUAUCAAAUCUCAAAUUAAAGGGAACCUCCAAAACCUGCUCGGCCAUGGCACCGUCGUCAACGUCAAGGCAAAAACUAAUGAAAAACUUGACUCUAUUGGAAAAGGUUCAGCUAUCGCAUGCCAUGCAGUUGUACUACUUCAAAAUCUAUAA